AUGUUCUCAUCAUUAUCUUAUCCAACCAUCAUUUCUCUCGUGCUCGCAUCUCUCAUGAUGUGCAUUUCUUGUACAACCGCUACUGUUGCUGCUGAUCCAAUAACCUCGAGUAGUACUCAUAGUCGUACAAGUACUCAAUCCUCCUAUCAACCUCUCUCUGUGGAUGAAAUGAAAUCUCUCUUCCUACAAUUCACUCACAAACACAACAAAUUCUAUCAAGGUCCAAAAGAAUAUCAACAACGUUUCGAAAUCUUUUCACAAAAUGUUGAAAAGAGUCGUCAAAUGAACCUUUUGGAAGGUCGCAACACUUAUGGAGUCACUAAAUUCAGUGAUCUCUCACCUGAAGAAUUUAAAAAGUAUUACUUGAUGGAACCAAAAACUCCACAAUUGAUGAUGAGCAGUGGUGUGAAUCGAAAUGGAGUGUUGCCAAUUUCUAGAGUUUCACAACAACAAGUUCGUGAUGCUCCAAAGUCAUGGGAUUGGAGAGAUCAUGGUGCUGUGACCUAUGUCAAGAAUCAAGGUCAAUGUGGAAGUUGUUGGGCUUUCUCUGCAACAGGUAACAUUGAAGGUCAAUGGUAUUUAAAAACCAAGAAACUUAAGGCUCUCUCAGAACAACAACUUGUCGAUUGUGAUCACAAUUGUGUCAUUUUCGAAAAUCAACAAUCCUGUGACUCUGGUUGCGAUGGUGGUCUUCAAUGUAGUGCCUAUCAAUACAUCAUUCAAGCAGGUGGCAUUGCCUCUGAAGAUGCUUAUCCUUAUUAUGCCGAAUCUUACACAUGCACUGUGAAACCUUCUCAAUUUGUUGCAAAACUUCAAAAUUGGACCAUGUUGUCUACCAAUGAGACUGAACUCGCUGCUUGGUUGGCUGAGAAUGGACCUAUUGCUGUGGCUUUGAAUGCUGAUUGGUUACAAAAUUAUAAUAAUGGAAUUGGUGAUCCUGCUUGGUGUGAUCCAACUCAAUUGGAUCAUGGUGUCUUGUUGGUGGGAUAUGGUGUGGAAACAUUCUGGUUUGGAUCUCCUGAGCCUUAUUGGAUUGUUAAGAAUUCAUGGGGUGAAGAUUGGGGUGAAAUGGGAUACUUCCGUAUUAUUAGAAAUAAGGGAAGAUGUGGUAUCAAUACAGUUCCUUCCACUUCCAUUGUGUAA